AUGAAAUGUCCUUUAAAUUACUACAGAAUCAUAUAAGAGUUGAAAUUCAAGGUCAAUGUACAACCUGCUCUAAUUUAUGCUAAUAUUGUUAAUAGAAAUGAAAACAAUAUUUCAGUAAAAUCUUAAUAUUAUCAUAGGUUUGGAAACCAAAAUUGUAUAUGCAGAAAUCUAAUGCUUAACUUAAUAUGAUAUAUCUUGAACAAAUUGAUGACCCUAAUGUAAUCAUCGAUCCAUAUUUACAAAUUGCUAAAUAUUGUUUUAACAAGAUUUGUUAAAAUAACUUUUCAUUAUCCUAUUAUUUUACAUCCUAUAUGUUUGAUAGAUAUUGGCCCAAUAUUUAUGAUGAUCUUAUAAAUUUUCAGUACUGCAACUUAGUUGGAGUAGAUUAAAUGAGAAUUAAUUACAUCUUUUAAAUUGAAGAAGAUCAAAAGCAUUCACAUAUUUAUGUUUAUAGGGAACUUGAAUUAUGGAAUGCUUUCAAGAAAUAAAUUUUUUUACUAAAGAAGGCAAAUAUGAUUCUAUCUCUAGCACAUGAUAAUAUCUUAACUUCAUCAAAAAAAAUAGUUAUAACUAAUUUUGACUCAGUAGAAGUCAAAAACUUUAAACUUUCACUAUUUAAUGGAUUAACUUGGAGAAUUUUAUGUUAAUUCUGAAUGUUAAGUGUGUUAAUCAAGUUAACUCUGUUGUAUAUGAUUCAAUUGUUGAUAAACCAAAUUUAAAAAUAUAACUGAAAAUAACAUAGAAUUAUUUGAGGGUUUUUGGAGACCUAAUUAUUAAUCAGAAUAAAUAGAGGAAUGUUUUAAAAAUUUUAAUUUUGGUAAAGUUGGUUGGGGAUAGGGAAAUUCAAUAUGCAAAUUAGGACAUAUUGGAGCAUUUUGUGAGGAAUGCGAUAUUUAUAAUAUAAGAGGAGAUGGAAAUUAUUUAAAAAAACAAUAGGAUUCAUAUUGUAGAACUUGUUUUGGUGUUGAGGAUAGUAUCAUCCCAUUUAUUGCAACUUUAAUUUGGUAAUUUAAAUUAAUAUUAAGGUCGUUUAUAUCAAUCAUUAUAACCUUAAAAAGUAUUGAAUAGUCUAAUUAGUUAUUCAAAAGUUUAAAAUAAAAAUAAAAGUUCAGCAAAAUUAUUUUUAAUCUUGAACAAGGUAUAUUAAUUAUUAAUUUAAGGGCAUUAAAGUUUUUUAAUAAAAAUGUUUUUAAACUAUUUAUAGAUAUUUUCUGUUAUAUUUACAUUCAAUAUACAAUUCUCGUUUUCAUUCACUUUGUUGAUUCAGCCAGUAAUACUUCCUAUUCGAUGAGAAAUAAAUUGGAUUGUUAUUUAUCAGAAAAUCAAUCAAUAAAUUUGAUUUACUCUAAAAUAAUUUCAAUGCUUGUACUCAUGACAUUCUAAUUUAUACUUGUAAUUUUGGGAUUUCUAAUUUUUAAUUGGUAUAAAAAAAUAGGAAUGAGUCAUUUCAACUUGGAAACCAUUUCUAAUAGUCUACUCAACCUUUUGUUUCUAAUUAUGGUGGAUUGGUUAAAAUGUAAUUCAAUACUUAAUUUCUUUUAGGUACUUCUCUAUUGUUUCAAAAAGAGAUGUAUCAAGUUAGAGUUACAUACAAGGUGAUGUUUCCCUUCUUUUUGGAUCCAAAGAACACUUGAUUUGGAUUUUCUCAUUUGUUCUUCCAGGAAUAGGAGUAUUGAGCUUGAUUAUUACCCUUUCCCUUUUUAUAGUCAUGUACUUUAAAAAAGAUUAACAUGAUAACUAUUGA